AUGUCUCGCUUUCCUCAAACUGCCGUUAAAUCCCAAGCGAGCAUCGAGGCGUCGGUGAAUUCCCUCACCCUCACCCUGGGCAAGCUCUCCAUCCCAGCCGAGACAUGUCUCUUCAGUCUCCUCAACGAGACCUUCACCAAGAUCACCACUGUCUUCAACCUCGACGAUCCUUCAGACGUUCUCGCCGACCCAGCCAACCUCGAGAAGAUUCUCAAUACCAUCUUCGAUACCAAUUCCGUCCCUCUCGUCACCGAAAAGUCUGUCCGCAUUGCCGCUGGUCUUGAUGACCAUGACCGGUCGUGUCUCUUCAUCCAGGCGGUUGCGGGUAUGGUCCUGAUCUUUCAGCGGCUUAGCCAAGCGGGUGGUCCUGUCUCGGCUCGGUUGCUCUCUCGGGAGCUCCAGUUGUUUGGCGAGAGUGAGCAGCGGCGGGUUGUGCUUGAUAAGAUUGGGCACAGUUCGGCGUUCAGUUCUUGCUACACCAAAGACUCUCUCGUUAGAUUCGUGUUGGAGGCUAUUGACACCGGGAACGAUGGUCAAUGGGAGGUUCUGGAUUCGAAGCCUAUCGGAGAGCGCAUGGUGAGCGAAGAGAGUGCGUGCAUUAACGACCGCCCGUGUAAGAACAUGGGUUUGCCGUGGGGAUUCACGAUCAUGACGUUGAACUAA